AUGAACAUUGUUCUCUCCAGGUGAGCACAGGUGCGGGUGAUGGAGGACACGGUGACCAACGCCGAGAAGCACUUCGGCCAGUUCUGCUCGCUGCCGGCCGCCUACACCCGCAAGACAGCCUGGCUGCGGGACAAGGCCGACCCACUGGUCAAGACGCUCACCGACUUCGCCGACACGGAGAACCCGGAGGUGCGGGCCGCCCUGAGGAACUUCGCCGAGGACCUGGCCAAAGUGCAGGAUUACCGGCAGGCCGAGGUCGAGAGGCUGGAGACCAAGGUGGUCAACCCUCUGAAGCUCUACCAGAUAAAGCAGACCCAGGCUGAGAUCAAGAAAUUCAAACACGUCUGGAACAACGAGCUCAAACAACUGGAAAAGCUGGAGAAACUGAGGCAGAAGUCCCAUUCAGAGAGACAGACCAUCUCCCAGGCGGAGACCAGCGUGCAGAGGGCCUCGGUGGAUGCCAGCCGCACCUCCCACCAGCUGGAGGAGACGGUGGAUGCAUUCCAGGAGCAGUUGAACCUCCAGAAAAUUUUUUCGGACUUUGUGACCAUUGAGAUGGUCUUCCAUGCCAAAGCGGUGGAGGUGUAUUCCAGUGCCUUCCAGACCCUGGAGAGCUACGACCUGGAGAGAGAUCUGGAGGAUUUUAGAGCCAAGAUGCAUGGAGUUUAUGGGCGUUAUGACACUUGGCUGCUCACGGACAACACCCUGUCCCCGGCUGUCCCAUGGUUUCUCGCCCAGGUGAGCACUGGGGAGCAGAGCACCAUACAGAGCCAGAGAAAAGCAGCAGCCAGUGAGGACAACUCUGCCGAGGAGGACCCCGUGGAGGACCUCAGGGGACAGGGGCAGGGGCCCCAUCAGUAGGACGAGAACUCCCCAGUCAGGAAAAGGGGGCUGAGGCUGGAUGCUCAGAGGCUCCGCCGUGUGCAAGUCCCGUGUCCUCUGGGUCCCGCUUUCCUCAUCUGUACGGCAGGA